ACUUUAUCUUUGCUAUGGUAUGAAAAACUCGUUCUAUCAGAGCUUCAAGAGGAGGUGUAUAUCUCUCUCUUCUUCUUAGCCGCAAACCCUAGCUAUAGUUAAAGAACAGGGACGAAAUUACAGAGAUUCGAAGUCGAUCGCCAUUAGAGAGGUUCCUCAUAUACCAAGGUGAGGUUUGGGAAGGGGGGGUGGGUUGGCAGCAUAUUUCUAGGAGUCCCAUUCUAUGUAAAGAAAAGGAGUAACCUGCAGAAGAAACUUUUGGAGUGAACAUGUGUUAUGAAUGUCACUGUUAGGCCUUCUAGUUCUCUUUCAGAGAGUUAUGACAAUGGGAAGGUCUUGAGUAUCACUGGUGUCCUUUUCAGGGUGGUCUUUUCCCUACCAAAGAAUCAGCUGCAGAAAAAUUGCGGAUUUGAUUAUCUAUGCCUGGCAAUGAAAUUGCAGACAAGGUCCACAAUUUCUUUGAUCAAGACAAUCUGUCGCAGUGUCAGCACCAGUUGCAGGCUACUGGUGGAAAUUGGGCAGUUCUUCAUAACAAUCCGUGGGCUGGAGGCCAGAGACCGAUUGGAACACCUCUGAAUUCUAACUCAAAGAACUACAGUGUGCUGCAAUCAGAUUCUGGGAAUGGAAAUGGCAGGCAGUCUUCAAGAGUACCACAGGGCUCAGACUUUACCCAGUUAGCGCUGAGGCCAGAGUUUUCCAAGGGCCAAUCCAGAAACCAACAGCUGAAUCUGAAUGGAUUUACACAUGGACAUAAGAGUUUCCAGACAACCCAGCAUCAGGCAGAGUUUCUGGGAGGAAGGGCAAGAGGUUUAUCUGUUCUUGAACGACAGCAAGGGAAUGGACCUGAACGAAGUCCUGGCCUAACCAAAAAUUCAGAGAGGUUGGAAACUGCUGAGGCUUCUAGUAAUAUUGACUUUCUUGGUGUUCAACAGCGGCUCAUGAGGGGGCAACAAUCAGGUUUGCCACAGCCUCGGCCGAGGCAGCAGUCUGGUUUUAAUGACAUUUCCCCAUGGCAGCAACAGCUAAUGAUCAAACAACUGCAAGACCUUCAAAGGCAGCAGCAGCUUCAGCAAUUAGAUCAAGCAAGGCAGCAAAAUUCAAUUAACCAGCCAACUUCUGUUUCAAAACAGACUACUGUUGAUCAGUUACCAACUCUAGUGAAUGGCAUACCUGUCCAUGAAGCCUCUAACUUCUUUUGGCCAAAUGAGCAUAUUGGGGGUGACUCUAAGGUAGUACCUAGUUCCUCACAAAUGUUUAUGGUUGGUGGGAUGAACUGGGUGCAGCAGAGUGGAUCUCCCUCCAUGCAAGGAUUUCCUAAUGGAGUUAUGUUUUCAAAUGAACAAGGUCAGGCCCCACGUACGAUGGGUUUUGUUCCUCAACAGCUUGACCAAUCUCUGUAUGGUGCUCCAAUCACUAGCAUGAGAGGAAAUUUGAAUCAGUACUCUAAUGUACAAGGCUUUUUACAUGAUUCAGUUGAUAUGUUGACCAAGACAGGUGACAACCAAAUAGAGAAGCCUCUUAUUCAGUUAUCAUCAUUAAAUAACUCCUUUCAGGGAGAUCAUCAUGUGGAAUUUCAGGACCAGGUUUGCACACAGGAUGGUUCUUUAAUUUCCAAGCAGGGAUUUCAAGGGAAAGGAUUGUUUGAGAAUGUUCCUGUUCAGGAGUUAAGUGGUGGAGUUUUAUCUCGUAACACACAGCAAUUGAAUUCUUCCCCUAGGAAUGCACAUGUGCAGGGAUUCCCAGGGAGGCAGGAGGAAUCUGGUUGGUCAGGAAACCUGCAGGAAAAAACGAUGCCACAGGUUGGCCCUUCUCAGGGUUUAGUUGCCCUAGAUCCAACAGAAGAGAGGAUAUUGUUUAAUUCAGAUGAUGGUUUAUGGGGUGCUCCUUUGGGCAGGGGCAACAACAUGGGUACAGGAGUCUAUGGGAAUCCCCUGGAAGGUCCGGAUUACUUCAGUGCAUGUCCUUCCAUUCAGAGUGGAAGCUGGAGUGCUCUUAUGCAGUCUGCUGUUGCGGAAGCUUCUAGCAGUGAUACCGGGUUACAGGAAGAGUGGAGUGGUUUGAGUGUCCAGAGGAUGUCAACUGGGAAUCAGCCCACAACAUUUAAUGGCAGUGGGAAGGGGCAAUCAAGUUGGGUUGAUAGCAAUUUGCAGACUGCGUCUUCUUUAACUCCAAGACCUUUACCUUUAUUUGAUGCCAAUGUAAAUCCAAAUAGUCAUAAUGUUCCUGGUUUUCAGCUAUCUGGUGUCAAAUUUCCAUAUGAGCAGAGUGAGAAGGUGCAACCUGAUCCAUCACAUGACUCUGUUCGACAGUCUCCUAGAGAAAGUGGCAAAUGGUUGGAUCGUAGUCCUCAGCAAAAGCCACAUGUUGGGGGUAGUCAUCAACUUCAGUCUCCUAUGCAUUUGGAAAAUGCUCCGGCUGGUGCUUGGGCUGGUCAAAUGUACGAGCAGUCAGAGGCUGCUGCACAUUCUUCGGAUGUGGAAUUAAAUUCUCAUAACAUCAGUGGUUCGUGGGCUUACCAGCAGAACAUGUCCUAUAAUAUUGGUAGCCAUCCCUGUAAUAAGCAAAAUGGUUGGAAUAUUAAUGAGGCCCUACCACCGAGUGGAGAUGCUACGUUAAAAGGUCGGGAGAAUGAAAACACUGUGCACAUUUCUCAGAGCAAUGAUGGAAAGAGAGUCAUGCAAGCAGAAGGGGAUACUAAUAGUGUUCUAUGGAAUGCUGAUGCUAAUCGUGUGUCAAUGCCCUUCCCUAAUUCAGCGUCAGGAUUGGAGCAAAUAAAAUCUGGCACUGGUAGUCCACAGGUCAAUCCAGAAGAUUCUCACAGGAAUAACUUUACUGCUCUACCUGAGUCAAGCACUACAAAGGGUAAUCAGGAAAUUGACCAACAAGUUGCACAUAGUCAUCCUUUUGAUUAUGGGAAGCAUGCUAUUGAUUCUUCUGUGAAGUACAAAGGAAAUGAGAGUGGUGGGAGGUAUCAGCAUCGGCUCAGCAAUGUUCCACAAGUUUUUGAGUCAUCAUUGCAUAAUUCUGAAAGGGCUUCUGGUGAAACAUAUGACAAGAGGCAGGAGAACAGCUUCCAGAAAGAGAUAUCUAAUGAUAGCUCCAACUCCAGCCGACCCCAUAAUUCUGUUACAGGAGGUGGUGUCAGAGAUAACACAUGGUUAAAUGCAAAUGAUUUUAAUUCUUUGGCUGGGGCAAACCAAAAGUCAUUGGGUCAGGUUGGCCGGAAAACCUCUGGGCCUCGCAAGUUUCAGUAUCAUCCAAUGGGAAGUUUAGGUGUGAACAUAGAAUCCUCUGAAUCCAUGAAACAUGUCAUGCAUUCACAGGCACUAUCCCAGCAGGUUACUGAAGGAUUGAAGGGUCAGGAGAAAGGUUACUCAAAUUUUGUUGGUUACGCUUCUAACAAUGUCAUGGAUAUAGAUAAGGGGCAGGUAGCAGAUUUCCAAAGAAGCAUGAAAAGAUCAGAGGAAACACCUUCUAGAGGUGUUAUUCCUGGUCAUGGAUCUAUUACAUCUGCACCCUUUGAUGGACCAGCUGGUUUUUAUGCUCCAAACAGAACGGCUCAAACAAGUCACAACAUGCUUGAGCUUCUCCAUAAGGUGGACCAAUCAAGGGAUCACAGCACUGCAAAAUCGUUUGACCCUUCUGAUCAUAGUCGAUCAUUUGAGAUGCCAGAGUCAGAAGCUUCGGAAACAUUUGUUGCUCAUCGUAGGUGCACUCAAUCAUCUGCUUCUCAAGGUUUUGGUUUAAGGUUGGCCCCUCCAUCGCAACGGCUACCUGUUUCAAGCCAUGCGUUUCCAUCUCAGAGUUCUUCACAAGCUAUUAAUGAACAUGACUUGAGGCAUGCUGAUCCAGAGGUAGCUGAGAAGGGUCAGACAUGGUUGGCUACCUCUGCUCCUGUGCAGUCUUUGGCUCAUUCAGAGGAAAUGUCUCAGAGGGAACACUGGGAUAAUAAAACAAGUACUUCAGGACAAGCUGGCAAUGAGAACUCACUCUCUAAUAUGCAGGGAAAAUCUUCUACAUUUACAUCUGCUCGGCCACAUUCAGGAAAUCAAUUUCAAUGUCAAGGUGGACAAGUACCAAAGGAUCACUCUCUAAAUGGUCCUUUUGAUAGCCUUGCUUCUCGUUUAACACAGACAAACAACUCUCAUGACAGAGUGGCAUCUGAUCAAUCUGCACAAGCAUCAUUGCCUGGUGCAAGUGGCAGGGUGGUACCUUUCAACCUUGGUUCCUCUGCUGAUACAGCCAAACCAGUCAGCACAAGCUCUUCUUAUCUUAGAGUUUCAGGCCAACAGCUCCCAGCAUUGGACUCUGUCCCUGUUUCUCAUCCAUUGGUUACAUCAGGCAUAUCUCAGCAGGAUGCCUUCUCAAAAAUGUUGCAUAACGUGUGGAACAAUGUAUCGAGUAGGCAGCGUCCGUCUUCUAGUCAUCCUCACAAGGUUCCUACCAGUUUGUUUCCAUUCAUCAACCACCCAUCCAAUAAUAAUCUGGAAACAACUUCAUGGGCACAAAAACCAGGUGAUCAGGAUGUCAAGAAAGGAGUAAAUAAUUCCCUAGAAUUUGGUGCAGGUUCUAUUAAUCCUCAAGGAUUUCCCCACAGCGAAGAACAACCAAGGAAAGAAAGCUCCUGGAGACAAGUACCGUCUGAGAAUGCUGAGCUGGCUCCACAGACAGCAGCUGCAUCUCGAAGCCAAGAUUCUGUGGCAAAGCAGCUAUUGGAUGCUAAUUCUGUUGCUGCUUCUUCAAUGUUGGCUCAUAGACAUCAACAGGAGAUUGAUAGAGGAAGGAAUGGGAAGGAUCCAGUUGUGAUCUCACAGACAGAGCAAACAUCCAUCCAGAACCCCUCUUCUUCCAACAGAGAUGUUGAAUUGCUUGGCCGUUCUUUGACACCAUCAAAUGUUCAUCAGAAUUACUCCCUGCUGCACCAAAUGCAGGCAAUGAAGAGUGUGGAGACUGAACCUAGUAAGAGGGCUCUGAAGAGGCUCAAAGGACCUGAUUUUGGACCAGAUGGUCAGCUGGUGGCUACCAUGGCAGGACAACAGUUGUUAUAUGGAUACAAUGAAAUGGUCAGAGAUGCCGUACAUAAUGAAAUGAAUUCAGCAGCCCGGAGUAGCCCGUUUUCAUCAGGAGAUACCAAAAUGCUUAGCUUUUCAUCAGAGGUGAGGGAUGAUGCAAAUGCAAAUGUAGAUACCCAGCUUAUUCCUUCCGAGGAUAGGGUGACAUUUGGUCGAAAUGAUUCUCAGAAUCAUUCUAGUAGUAUCAACAUACCAUCAACUAGAGUUGAACAUUCAAAGAUAAGUCUACAGAUGGCACCCUCAUGGUUUGAACAGUAUGGAACCUUCAAAGACGGGCAGAUGCUGCCUAUGUAUGAUUCGCGGAGGACUGCAAAGAUUGCAGCUCAACAGUUCUUCUUUGGAAAGCUUUCUGAGAGUUUGCCUAUGCACACCCGAAUGGAGCAUGUAAAUGCUGCUGAUGCCACUCAGGUUAGUAGUGUUUGGCAAACUACAACAAGCACCACCGUAAGUGAGCGCUCGUCUCCUGCACAUUCUUUUCCACCAGAUGUCACGGAUCAGAGUUUGGCUAUUGUGAGGCCAAAGAAGCGUAAAAGCACAAUGUUAGAGCUUCUACCAUGGCAUAAAGAAGUAACCCAAGGUUCCAAUAGGCUUCACAAUAUCAGUGUUGCUGAACGAGAUUGGGCUGAAGCUGCAAAUCGGCUAAUUGAGAAGGUGGAAGAUGAUUCUGAAAUGUUUGAUGAUGUACAACCACUGGUUCGACCUAGAAGAAGGCUUAUAUUGACAACACAGUUGAUGCAACAACUCUUUCGUCCUGCACCAGCAUCAAUACUCUCUGCAGAAGCCACUUUAAACUAUGAGAGUAUACUAUACUUUGUUGCUAAAUUGGCAUUAGGGGACGCAUGCAGCCUGAUCUGUAGUCCUGGAAGUGGUUCACGUGAACCCCCAAGCAAUGCAAGCAUGGUAUCUGAGAAGGUUAAAAGUUCUGAGAGAAUCGGUGACCUGUGUUUCUCAAAAAAUGUGGAAGAUUUCAUUGGUAGGGCAAGGAAAUUGGAAAAUGAUUUAUCGAGAUUGGACAAGAGAGCAUCAAUUUUAGACCUUCGAGUGGAUUGCCAGGAUCUUGAAAGGUUCUCUGUCAUCAACCGUUUUGCCAAAUUCCAUGGCCGGGGCCAUCCAGAUGGGGCUGAGACCUCAUCAUCCUCUGAUGCAGGUGCAUCCCCACAGAGAACAUGCGCCCAGAGAUAUGUUACUGCACUUCCACUGCCCAAAAAUCUUCCGGAGGGGGUACAAUGUCUGUCACUUUGAUCAUAUAAAUUAAUUGAUUUUUUGCCCCUUCCCCCCUUUUUGGUCAUUGGUGGUCUCCCAUCCCCAAAGCAUUUGUGGUCUCCUUUUUGUAUUUAUGCUGUCAUCCUAUGGGCUGGAUACAGCAAGUGCGAGAAAGGAAAGUAGAGGGGGAUUGAAUUUCUGAUCGGGUCUUCUGAGUAAUCAGGGUUGUCCGUUCCUUUUGAAUGAGGCCAUUGAUGUCAUUUUUUGAGGAAGUAGUCAUAGGCCAUGUAUAUUCUUCAUUUCUUAUGAGAGUCCAAGGAGAGAUUGGUGCCCCCAUCAUUUUGUGAGAAGUAAGAAGGGGCGCUCCAUUUAGUUCUGGUGAAAGAGCUGGUGAAGAAAAGAUGAAUCAGACGGAGCCAGAUGGUCACUACCAUGGCUAAUCCCGAUGUGGGAGAGUUGUUGGGUUUAUCAAUUGUAUUGAUCUACACAGCUCAAACUACCGGACCGGACCGGACCAGACCAGACCUGCGGGGAAUUUAAUCUUUUGAGGUGUGAUCACUGAAUCAAUGAAUGAAAGAAAAUGGGCACUAUUUAGGUACAUUUCAUACAUUAUGUUUCCGAAAUUCUUAAAAUAGUUCACAAGAUUCUGAGAUUCACCUCGGGUGUUUGUACUUCGAUCAGUAUGUAUGAAAGAAUCUUCUUUCUCUUGUC